GCCGUUGUUAUGAUCCAGUAGCGCCGCUACGUUCAUUUAACACGCAGUGAGUUCUUGAGGGACGCGUUCAUUCUCCCCAGGAGCGACUCUGAGCGGUUCUGCUGGAUUCGUUUCUACUCCACCCAGUAUAUAGAGAGAUGGACCGAUUCAUUUUUUGGACUACUUCUGACACUAUUAUUGGAAACUAUAAUGAAUAAGAGUUAAUAACACUAACAAAAUGACCUGGUAAUACUUUCCCCAGCAAUCGUCGGCUGGAUUGUGCUUUCAUCGAGCAACUUUCAUCAAAGAGCCUUGGAUCACUGAAAACGCUUUUUGUUACGAACUUACAUUUUACGAGCCACACACACACACACACACACACACACACACACACACACACACACACACACACACACAAAUACUGUGAUUAAAACAAAUGCUUUGUUUUAUUGCUUGCAUACUGCUGCACGAUCCGCGUGAAAAAUGAUUGCUGUUAAUACCGAGUGUAUAACUAUGGUGAGAAGAUGCCUUCUGACGUUCAAACCUUUCAGGAUUUUUGUAGCGGGCAUCGGUUUCUUCAGUCUGUGCUUCUUAAUGACCUCUCUGGGGGGACAGUUCUCAGCCAAGCGGCUGGGCGAUGCCCCAUUCAGCAUCCGAACUGAAGUGUUGGGUGGUCUAGAGUCUCGUGGUGUCCUGAGAAAGAUCAGCGAUAUGUUGGAGAUAAUCAUGAAGAGGAUUGACACCCUAUCAAAACUGAGCAACAGCAGUGAGUCCCAAAGACUGGAGGAGUUGAGCUCUGCUCUUCACAGGUUCCAGCCAGUAGGUCUGGUGGAGCGGAUCCAGGCCAUUGCCCAGAAUGUGUCCGACAUGGCUGUACGAAUGGAGCAGAUUCUCAAGAAGACUAAUAUCCCAGGCAGAGGGCGAGAUGGAGUUAUAAGUCAGUGUGAAGUCCCGAAGGAUCCUGGGUACCCAGAUUGCGCAAAUAAAGUUGAUUGGAUGAGGGCCAGAUGGACAUCAGACCCUUGCUAUGCCUUUUAUGGAGUGGACGGCUCAGAGUGCUCUUUCCUCAUCUACCUCAGUGAGGUGGAGUGGUUCUGCCCCCCGCUGGCCUGGAGGAACCAAAGCAGCCACCUCACAAUCAGUCGCCUGCCAAAGAGACAGGCAUUUCUCCGCUCUGAUUUGGCUCUUCUGUUGGAGCAGGUCGGUUCAGGAAAAGAAUCUUUAAGCUUCAUGAGGAGGCGUAUGCGCAGAUUGGCUGCACAGUGGGCUGCAGCUGCCCGUAGACUUGAUGAGCGCCUGCGCAGUCAGUACAGAGAACAGAAGAGGGUGAGCUGUCACACACUGUCUAAGAAGAUUCUGGUGCAUGUGGGUUUUCUGACCGAGGAAUCUGGUGAUGUAUUCAGUCCGAAGGUGUUGAAGGGAGGGCCGCUUGGAGAGAUGGUUCAAUGGGCAGACAUACUCUCCACACUUCAUGUGCUGGGACAUAACCUCAGGAUAUCACUCUCAGUUAAAGAGCUUCAGGGGUCCCUCGGUGUGCCCCCAGGAAGAGGAAGUUGCCCUCUGAUCGGUCCUUUGCCCUUUGACCUCAUCUAUACAGAUUACCAUGGCCUGCAGCAGAUGAAACAGCACAUGGGCCUUUCCUUUAGACAACACAGGUGCCACAUCCGCGUGAUUGACACCUUCGGCACAGAGCCAGCGUAUAAUCAUGAGGAGUACGCCACAGUGCAUGGCUACAGGACCAACUGGGGCUACUGGAACCUCAACUGCAAGCAGUACAUGACCAUGUUCCCACACACCCCUGAUAACUCCUUCAUGGGUUUUGUGACCGAGGAAGUAAACCAGACUGCAAGAAUGAACAUACAGAAAGACAAAGUCAACAACAUGGCUGUGGUUUACGGCAAAGAGGCCAACAUGUGGAAGGGUAAGGAGAAGUUACUGACCAUCUUACACCAUUACAUGGACAUACAUGGUACAGUCUAUUAUGAGGCGCAGCGCCCCCCAGAGGUGCCAGCAUUCGUCAGAAACCAUGGCCUGCUGCCCCAGAACGAGUUACAGCAGCUUCUGAGAAAGGCAAAGCUCUUUAUGGGAUUCGGCUUUCCCUACGAAGGCCCCGCCCCUUUAGAGGCCAUAGCCAAUGGCUGUAUAUUCCUGCAGCCAAAGUUCGAUCCUCCUCGCAGCUCCCUUAACCAUGAGUUCUUCAGAGGGAAGCCCACUUCCAGAGAAGUGUCAUCUCAGCAUCCUUAUGCUGAGCAGUAUAUCAGCAAACCUCACGUCAUAACAGUAGACCUCAACAACUCUCAAGAGUUUGAGGCUGCCGUUCGAGAUGUCCUCAAAGCCAAGGUGGAACCCUUCAUACCCUAUGAGUUCACUUGUGAAGGCAUGCUGGAGAGAGUGAAUGCUUAUAUUCAACAUCAGGAUUUUUGUCACCACAGUGGUCCAUUUCCUGCAAUCAAUGAAUCCAAAUCAUGGCCAGGGAAUCCACCCAGCCCAUUCCUCCAGCUGUCUAACUCCACAGCUCUGAUCUGGGCUCCCAACAUCUCUGCUCCGGCCUGCUGGCCUCCUCUCAGCGCCCUGCAGCUCCUGCUAUCUCCAGAGGCUUUGUCCUGUGUGAAAACCUGCCAGGAUGCUGGUUUAAUCUGUGAGCCAGCUUUCUUCCCUUUCAUCAACAAUAUGGAAGCCUUCAAUGGGCUUAAUGCUCACUGUGAGUCUCUAGAAUCUGAGAAGAAUCACGUGUAUCCAGCCGUACAUGUGGACAGAAGAGAGUGUUUCCUGCAGAAAGAGCCAUUGUUGUUCAGUUGUGCUGGGAUCAGUGGCAAACACCAGCGCCUUUGCCCAUGCAGAGACUUCCUCCAUGGCCAGGUGGCGCUAUGCAGGGACUGCCUUUGAGCUCUGACCAUAGACCUUUGGAGAUGUCUGUGGUAAACUGAUGCCAGUCCUGUGCAGACAAACAUGUUGGCAUUCCCAGAAACGGUGGUAUUAGCAGGCUAAUGGGAAUUGCUGGCCUGGGGUCACUGGCAUCAAAGCAUGAAGUUUUUUUCCAGAGAAGUGUCUUCACUCCUGGUUCCUUUUUGCACUUUGAUCCAAAGCAAAACUUAGAGUUCAGAUAAACUUCUGAGUAUGGUAAACAAGAUAACACCCUGAUGUUUUGGGAUAUGCACCAUCUUUGGAGUCUAUCUAAACAAGCUCGGCUGGUGGUUGCUUUAGGGUUGUACAGAAAGUACUUUAAGCAGAAAAUAAAUGCAAAUUGCAGUUUUGAGUUUGGAAUUACACUUUGAUUCAGGUCAAGCUUCAGAAUCUGUAGUUUUAGGUAAGCUGAAAGUGCUAGAAUUGCACAUGAAUUUAAGUCAACAUGAAACUGUAUUUUGAACUCAUCUUACCUCCUGUAAUUUUAUGUAUUUCUAAAUUAAAUAGGAUUUUCAAUGGAAGAAAUUGGAGAGUGGGACUUUAUUUUAUCCAUCAAUAAUUGAUUGGAUCGUGAAAAAUGAGUGUUCCCUUCCAGAAUGGAGCCAAACCUGAAUAUGAAUUUGUGGUCGAUUGUGGUGGAGGACCCACUUUUGAAGAGCCUUUUUGAUCAGACUGAUCUCACAGUGAAGUCAGAAACAGUAGGUUGACUUUUCUUGAGCUAAAAUCAGUCUGUACUUACAGAAAUGCGAAACACUGCCCCCAGUGGCCAAAGCAGUAAGUGUUAUUGGGAGUAUGGACACGUGUGAGCUCCAUUUUCCAGGUGUAAUGUCCACGGAGGGGCACCAAAAGUGAGUUUAAAGCUAAUUGUUUUCAGCCGUACAGGCUGUAAUACAGUGAAGAUUAAUGUAUAUUUUAUAAACUGAAACCCCCAAUCCAACCCCAAACCUAAACCUAACCAUCAGUGGAGUAAAAAUGUAAUGUUAGAGGAGGGAAAAAUGCAACUGCCGAAUCACGCUCGUCACUGAUUUUGUGAACGCAAUUACGUCCUGGUUUCAACAAGUGAAGUUAAACACUCUGGAGCUGAUGCAAAAUGUCUGAUAGGACAUAAAUAAUAUGAAAAAAUAAUGUGCCUGAUCUUAGGGUAUUGAAUCAUUCGGAAACAACAUGCCGAUUUCCCGUGUGAUCAUGGUGUUAUGACUGGGAUGUGGAUGUUUAAGGUCAUCUCUAUGUUUCCAAUGCUUUUAUUUCAAAACUUUCAUUACUUGUUAUUAUUGCUGUAAAUUUUAUUCCCUUAACAUCAACUGGUAUUAAAUUACUGCAUUAAAUAUUUCCAGGAUUUUAGAAUGGCUGCAUAUCAGUAGCCUUAAAAAAUGCCUAUAUACCUAUUUAGCUACUGGUUAAUAUUAACUAGCCUGCACGGCUUAGGUGAAAGUUGCUUCAAUAGCGGAGCAAGUUAUUACAUUUUGUUUAAAGAUAACAAACUAUUUUUUUUUUUUUUUUUUAAUUAUUGGAAUAAUGUGGACUGAUGCAUUGUGCACAAUAAGACCAGGAAUGUGUAUUAAAAAAGUAAAUGGGGUCAAUUUUGAUUUCAUGUUGACUUUAGGUUUGUGUGAAGAAAAAAAUAAAACGAUCUCUGCUAUGAAAAAAAAAAAAAAUAGACAUUAAUUAUUGACAGAUUUGCCCAAAGUCAUCAUGUAACUAUAUGCAUUUUACAUAUUUCA